ACGUCAUUACGUUCCAUGCGUUCGUUCUAUUGGCACUUUGCUUUUCGUUGCUAAUGUUUCGUUGAGUCUUUCUAGACCAUGCUGUCCUGUUUGACUAGAAAUAUCACGUUUCUGCUCUUCUAACAAUGACAUUAACGUUGUAUGUUAGCUCUGUUCAAGCUAACGUGAGCUUUCCUGAUUUUAAAUAGCUUGGUUGGUCACUUGGUGUCAUUCAACACAAUGUUUAAUUUGGAACAACAGUGUUCGUGUGGCUCCCAUUCUGUUUCUUCUCACAGUGUUCAUCAAACUCUCGAUGAAAUGGACUUUGAGCGAGGAAUCUGGUCUGCAGCAGUGGAUGGGGACUUGGACAGAGUCAAGUCUUUCAUCGACAAAGGUACUGAUCCAAACCUGAGAGAUUCAUCAGGGUACACAGCUCUGCAUUACAGCAGCCGGAAUGGUCAUCUGGCUGUUUGCAAGAUUCUUCUGGAGAAUGGCGCCUGUGCAUCACCUCAGACGCGAGGCGGGGCCACGCCACUGCACAGAGCAGCGUACUGCGGCCAUCUAGAUGUGGUCAGACUCAUUCUGCAUCAUGGAGCAGACCCCGGACUUUGUGACAAUGAUGGUGCUUCUGCCUUGCAUAAGGCAGCAGAACAAGGUCAUAAAGAGGUGUGUCAGCUGCUUGUGGAGCAUUGUCCAGCUCUCUGCAGUCGGGCAAACAAGAGGCUUCAACUACCCUACCAGCUGGCUAAACAUGCAGACCUGCAGGAUCUCCUUAAACCACCUCUGUGAUGACUGGUUCUUACUCUGCCAGAAUUUGGAUCCCUAAUUACAGAGAUCUUGCAACUUGUUUUUUAUCACUUCACCCUAGUGGUGUUCAGCCCUUUUCCUCAAGAUUUAUCAUCCAAACAUCUAUAUGUCUACCUGCUGCUAAUUACCUAUAUUAGGUGUGUUUAGUCAAUGCCAUCCCUCAGCAGACCCACACAGUAAUGACAAGUCUUACUUCUUAAACGGUAACACAACAGCACAGUUGGAGGCUGACUCCACUCUCAGGCCAGAUUUGAAGAUGCCAAAUGGGGUUUAGCUGGGGAGGUGUGGUCUGAAUCUGUGAUUGACAGCGACACUGAGAUUAGCUUGAGGUAACAUACAGUCCUGCUGCAUCUUCAGUAAUGGAGAGUGAUACAGAGGAAAUUGAUGCCAGUUUUACCAUAGAACUUUCUGUGGAGGUUUAGGAUUUUUCUCCUUCAGCAUUUCCCGAGGCAGGUGCUCAAGGUCCAGAACCUUAUUGUUUCGAGCUUUUGGCUCCAGAUGCUGCCUCAGCAAUGCCUGACGGUUUGCAGGACUGAAGGGGACCAGUGUCUGAAUGGUAAAUAACGAUAACAUCAUAGCUAAUGAAUGCUAAAGUAUUAAAGUUAUGACGAUUAAAAAAAAACAACGUUCCCAAUGGUGUUUUAAUUAUAAUUAAGAAGUUUUAAACUAAAAUCACACAACCUAAAUGUCUCAAAAAGCCAUAUUUCAUGUUUAUCUGAAGCUACUGUUUCCAAAAUCUCCUCUACGUGGGCGUGGCCAUUGGUGCUGAGCUGAGUAAUCCUGCAGAGCUUGACCCAAGCGGGGCCACAGACGACACCGACUGACCGUCUAUUCUCAAAAGUUUAUCUUUGGUGCUAAAGAAAUAGUGAAAAGUUACAUAUUAUUAUUGGUUCCAAAUUGACACCUUUUGAACAAUGUGUGGAAUGACAAAACAAAUGUGUGUACCAGACCCUGCCGUUUAAUAAAAAGAACUUUGAUAAGCCUGUGAAAAA